AUGGUACUUUUUGACAACAUACGUCGUAUAAAGGAGAUUGAGAAAUGGCCUCCUUUAUACAAUAUUGGGCUCAAGGAAUCCACCGAUCCAAUUAUAAAAAGGGUGUUAUGGGAGGAGGUCUACGAAACAUUGUUUCCUGCAUGGAAUAAUCUUACAACUGAACAAAAAGCAAUAACAGGGCGAGAUGUUCAACAGCACUGGAAAAACAUACGCAUGUGUUUCACACGAGAAUUAAAGGCACAGCGUAGCUUAAAGUUGGGGCAAAUUUCACAUAAACAAAGGAAGUACAUGUAUUUUGACAAUUUACUGUUUCUCCUGCCAUCAACAAAGCCACGGAAUACCUAUAGAGAGACCACUCCAAGCAAAGAGAAGGAAACACUUUCCAGCGAUGAACUUACAACUAAUACUAUCUUCAUCCAGAAAUAUGAAGCAGAAUCGGAGACGCUAGAGGACCCUCUGCUCACCUCACCUACAGCUAGUGAAGAACCAAAGAGGCCAGAGGAAUCUCUGUUUCAGUCACUUACAGUUCAUGAAGAAUCAAACCAGACCAGACCAGAAAAAUCUCUUCCUGAGCCACUUACAGUUAGAGAUAAGACAGCAGCUGAAUGUGAUGCAGACACACAUUUUGUGUUAUCUCUUGUACCAUUUCUGCAGUCACUAAAUGCGGAAAAUAAACUCAUUGCACAAAUUGAAAUAUUGCAAGUAUUUAAAAAAAAUUGA